UCUGUCAGAAAUCACAGCUAUAUUUCAGUCUCCGCCCAGUUCGGACUAGCAAACAUCGUUCCAUUUUUUUCGACUUUAGAAAUUCUAAACUUUAUUCCCUACAAACGUUUUUACCCUCGGAAAAAUGAGUGCCACACGGCGUUUAACUCGGGAGCUCGCCGAUCUGCUUGGAUCUGUCGAAAAGAAGACUUGGUGCAACAUUCAGGCCAGCGAUGAAUCGAUUAUGGUGUGGAAGAUCCUGCUGGUGCCAGAGCGUCCACCCUACAACAAGGGUGCCUUUCGCAUUGAGGUGACCUUCCCCGACGUGUAUCCCUUCCAGCCACCCAAGGUCAUGUUUAAAACGAAGAUCUAUCAUCCCAACAUCGAUGAAACUGGUCUGGUGUGUCUGCCCAUCAUUAGCUCGGACAACUGGAAGCCCACAACCAGCACAGAAAAGGUACUGGAGGCUCUUGUGGGCAUCCUUCAUGAACCGGAGCCCGAACAUUCUUUGCGGGCCGAUGUGGCCGAGGAGUUUGUCACCAAUCGCAAGAAGUUCAUGAAGAAUGCCGAGGAGUUCACCAAAAAGAAUGCCGAGAAGCGCCCACACUAGGAGGGGGGGAAACAAAAUCGUAUUUGUUUUAUUAAAAUUCUAGAAGUUUUAAAAACCAUUCUGUUGAUCGUUUUGACCACAUCAGAAAUCUACUAAUCUUAAAGUCAAAUAUAUGCCUUUAAAGUACAGUUCA